AUGAGCAGGGACACAAUCCAAGCCUGUGCAGCUUGGACAGUCUGGUCCCUUGUCGUCAUGUUGGUGCCCGGUGUCUGCUCCCGUCGCCGCUCGCCCAGCAGAUCUUUAGUAAAACUCGCUAACGAGAGCCACAACAGCAGCUUCAUUUUCGUCCUCACGUUCCUCACCAAGCCCUCGUCCAUGGGCGCUGUCCCUCACGACUUCAUCUCCACCAACCCCAUCACGACCAACAGUCACCCCAUCGGCGGGGAGCAGAAGUGGCUGGACGACUUUUCCCACUCCGUCAAGCCCAGAGCAUGUCACUCGCACAACGACUACCUGCGGUCGUACCCUCUCUUCUCAGCCCUCGCGGCCGGCUGCUCGAGCGUCGAGGCAGACGUGUGGCUCACAGAGGACGGAACAGACCUCCUGGUGGGGCACGACGAGGCUUCACUCACCCCAAACCGCGCACUGACAAAUAUGUACCUCGACCCGCUUCUGAGCAUUCUCGAUAGCAUCAACGCGAAGCCGCAAGGCACCACUGGUACCAAGACUACCCAGCCCAGGGGAGUCUUUAGGACGGAUCCAAACGCGACGCUCGUGCUGCUCAUCGACGUCAAGACUCAAAGCAUCGACACCUGGCCGCUGGUGGUGGAACAGCUGUCCGCCCUGCGCGACAAGCGGUACCUCACGCGGUGCGAAGACGGCGGCCUGGUGCCCGGCCCCAUCACCGUCGUGGGCUCGGGAAACAUCGUCUCCGAACGCAGUGUGUUCACCAGCAUAAACGCUGACCCAAAUCGACUGUUUGACGAAUACCACGACACACUCCUCGACGCGCCACUAGCCUCCCUCCCGCAAGCCAUCAGCACCUCCCAGGACAGCCCAGAUGGACUAAACCAAGAGUGGUCCAACAAGACAGCCUACUACGCCUCGGCCUCCUUCAAGGCCACCAUCGGGUCCGUGAUCACAGGCUUCUCCCCGUCACAACUGUCCACCCUUCGCAGCCAAAUCGCCACCGCAAGGAGGCUCGGUCUGAAGAGCCGGUACUGGGACACCCCAGACUGGCCCGUGGGCUACCGCGACUACGUGUGGGGCGUUCUAGAGCGUGAAGGGGUGGGCGUCCUGAACGUGGACGACCUGGAGGGCGCGGCCCGGAGCGGGUGGGACGCAGCAGGACAGGCCUGGGCGCGUGACGCGGCUUGGACGAUCUCCAUUGGGGCGUGGGCCAUUUGCUGCGGCGUGGCUGUCGUCGCGCUAAGCUGGAAGCGACAGCGUGCGGGUGCAGCGCAAUCUUCCGAAUAA